CCCCCAUCUGUCCACGUCAUGGCCUCCACACUGCCAUGGCUACCGGGCGCCCAGCGCGCCACCAGCGAGACUGUUCAUGUAGAGGCGGCGGAAUGCGAGGCCGGGGCAUGCACGUUGGGGCACGCCCGAGCACGCAUCGGGGCGCGGACACUUGGCAUGGAAUAGGCAGCCCUCUUCCCUUUCUCGUCGCCCAGCCCUCGCUAUAAGUCCUCCGUGCCCUCCCCUGCCCUGCCCUGCCCCCUGUCCGUUCACUCGCCCAUGCUCUGAGUCUCCGCCCGUCCCCAUGUCCGUCCCCCACCCCGUGCCCCCCGCCCUCCUCCUCGCCAUCCCCACUCUCUCCCUCGUCCUGCUCUCCAUCCAGCUCUCCACCUUCCUUCGCUCCCGCUCUCUGCACCACUCACGACCCCCCCGCUCUCUCUUCGCCCAUCGCCGCUCUGCCGCCUUCAUACUCGCGUCCCUCGCUCUCCUCGCUCUCCUCUCCGCCGCCCUCGGUCUCUCCGCCUUCGCGAUCCGCGCCCAAAACCCUUCCCGCUCGGCCGACCACGCCCUCGCCAGCCAGAUCGCCCUCGCGUGUCUUAAAUUUGAGCUCGGUGCCGUUGUAAUAUACCUCCUCAACCACCGUGCCCUGGUCGAGCCCAUCUCGCCCUCCACCUUCCUUGACUUUAAUCGCAUCCGCCUCUCCUCCAUCGUCCUCGCCCUCCUUCUCACGUCCUGUACCAUCGCUUCCGUCGUGAUACCCGCUCUCCACUCCCCCUACCCCGCAGCCGCCCUCCCCGCCCUCCUCUGGUUCCUCUUCCUCUGCCCCGCCCUCACCUUCUCCGAUCUCCUUUACUUUCGCUCUCGCGCCCGCGCGUUCCGCACCCACGUCGACCCGCCCGGCUCGGGGCGCCUCUCGGCCGUCUGGCUCGCCCUCGGCGUCGCACAGGUCGCCGCCGUCCUCUCCGCCGCGUUCUCCGCCGCCCCGCCGGGCGACGACGCCCUCCGCGUCCCCGCAGCGCUCUUCACAGUCUUGUGGGCCGUGUUCACCUCGCUCGCGUCCCACGCCCUCUUCUUCCUCCCCACCCACUCGCCCACCGCGCUCCCCCUCCACUCCUCCCCACCGCUCCCGCGCCCAGCCCCUGCCUGGCGCCCGCACUCGUCUCGCCCGCACUCGGCCCGCCCGCCCUCGUCGUCGCGCCCGCUCUCGCCCGCGUCCGUGCAGACAAUGACGUCGGAGGACUUUACGCACCUGCACGACCCGUUCGCGUCGCCCCCGCCGCUCUCGCCCGCGCUGCACCCGCACCCGCAGUCCCCGCGGCAGUCGUACCGCUACAGCACGCCGCUCCCGUUCGCGUUUCCGCCGACGCCGCCGCCCGACGGAACUUCGUCGUCGCCGCGCCCGCAGGGGCGCGCGGGGCGGAGGGCGCAGAGCAUGCGCGCGGGGUUCCGCGGGGGACGGCCGGGGGGCACGCGCCCGCGCGUGCAGAAGAAGGGGUCGGCGCGGCCGCUCGUGCCGCUUGCGUCGGUGUCGUCGUCGUCGCAGGACAGCACGUACGGGUCGGGCGACGGCGAGGGCGAGGGCGAGGAGGACGCGUUUGGGGACGGGGGGUACGCUGGGCACGUGGCCCACGCGGGACUCGGGGGCGGGGUCGGGCUGGGGCUCGAGCUGGGGCCAAGGGUGGGGGAGAUGGGGGAGGCGAGGCGCGCGGGGGCGGGCGGAGGUGGGGACGAGGAGGAUGCGGACGGGUUUGCGUUUGUGCAUGGGAGCGCGCGGGAGGAGGCGCGGCUGACGCAGGUGCUGUUGCGCACGCUGGAGGAGGCGGGCGCGGGCGCGGCGGGCGGAGGGGGCGAGAGGCGGCGGAGUGCUCGCAGGGCCGGCGGUGCUCGAUGGCGGGCGAGCGCUCAAUCAGGACUUAUCUGGGCCUGUACUGGAGCUUGGGAGGCAGCUCGAUGGGUGGCCCGCCGUGCCAGGUCGGGUGGGGGCUCGGACGAUCGUGUCCCCCCUGGGGCUCUGGGCCGUGGGGUGUCGAGAACGGAGCGCCAGGGGUCGCUGCUUCGGGACGCGCGAGUGGCGCUCGGUGGCGUCAGUGCGAUUGCGAUCCCUCGAGCAGGGUUGGGCGGGGACAGUCGAGUUCACGGGCCGAGCAAGACGCCAGACGCGCCCACAAAUUAG